GAUAUCACAAAAACUAAUUUUGGCAUCUAAAUGCAUCCUUCCAAAGUCUAAAUUUCUCCUGUACCUGUCAACACACUAAAUGUUUCUGACUUAUUUUCCAAAAAUUAUGAAUUUACUCAGAUUAAUGAAUUAGUGUCUGUGAAUAGAUACCUUCUGUGCAUGGGACAGCCAUUGUUUGACAAUACUCAUACUCACAGUUAUGUACUGAAUAUUUAUUUGCAGGCACACAAUUUAUCUAAGGAUCACAAGCCUGAUCUUGAGGCUGAGAAAGACAGGAUUCUAAAAGCUGGUGGUUUCAUCCAAGUUGGACGGGUCAAUGGAAGUUUAAACUUGGCUAGAGCAAUUGGAGAUAUGGAGUUCAAGCAGAAUAAGUAUUUGCCUGCCGAAAAGCAGAUCGUGACUGCUGAUCCGGACGUAACUUCAGUUGAACUUUGUGAUGAUGACGAAUUCCUUGUGAUAGCCUGUGAUGGAAUAUGGGAUUGCAUGUCUAGCCAACAGCUUGUGGACUUUAUACAUCAACAGUUAAAGACAGAGAAUAAACUUUCUGCGGUUUGUGAGAAAGUAUUUGAUAGGUGCUUGGCACCAACCGCUGGUGGUGAGGGAUGUGAUAACAUGACCAUGAUCUUGAUUCAGUUCAAAAAACCUUCCAGCCCUGAUGUUUCUGUCACGAACGAGCCCCAAUCGUCUGCUCAACCACCUGAAACCGAUAAAAGUUCAGAGAAAAAAGUAGAAUCGAAGUGAGAGAAUUUCGAACAUGACUUGAUAGUCAUCAGUAUCUUAGUGCGUGUUGAAGCAUUGGUAAGCAGAGGUUCUUGGGUAACCAUUUUAUAUCCAAAUUUCAGGGUGUUGAUUCUCAAUAGGGGAUUGUAAAUUUGUGACAAACUAAUCCAUGGGCCAAUAUUGGUUUUGUACAUAAGUGUGAGGUUUCUAUCAUAUGAAUGGAAAAGAAAAAAAGAAUCAGAAAGCAUACUGAUGUAUACUGGAUGACUAAAAUCACCUUUUGCAUACUUACCAUUGCCAAUGAGUGUGGAUCGGCAGAAUGCGUAGAAAGAACGUGUUUGGAUUCUGAAGUUAUGAUCAGUAGCAGUUCCUUAAGGAUUUUGUGCCAUGUUCUUUUUUACAUAGGCCUUUGUGGGCUCAUCUACCAGUGUUGCUAAUUUCUUUUCACAAAUUAUAAAUACUCAUUGCUUUUC